CAUCAGGUUCUGUCAAACAGAGCAGCAGUGAUACUCUGAAGAGUGGACAUCUCUCCAUGGGUCAAGACGUCUCUGACUGCAGUACCUGAUUGUUUUGCUGGAGUGACGUUCCCGUGGUCUUUUGCAUUUAUUCCUUGAUAUGUGGGUGUGAAUACAAGCACAAAAUGAGUGGAGAAAUCAAAAACGCAAGUGUUUCAGGAAACCUGGCUCUAGAUGGCUCUGGGAAUGGACUCUCCAUUCAAGGGAAUGCAGACGAAUCAAUUGCUGCCAAAGCUGGCCUGCAAGCUGAGGAUGAUAUUGUGGCAGCAACCAUAAAUCUGCACGACCUUGACCGAAAUGAGGUGCAUAACAUCCUGGAGGUCCUGAAGCCCUAUGAAAACAAACUGAAGAUUGUGACAAAGAAAGAUCUGAGUGCCAGCGCUGGACUUGGUCCCUUGGGAUUAGGGCUCAAAGACCCUACAGCGUUGCUUCAAAAGGACCUCUCACUGGAUGCAUUAGCUGAAGCACCAUCAGUUUCCUUUAAUGGCUUGAGUGGAAAUCUCAACACUGAUCAUGGAUUUGGUGGUAAAAUAAGAAGCCCCACUCUCAAUGGAGACCUUCCCAAACUCAGCCUAAAUAAUCGCUCAGCUGAUGCAGGUGCUACAGUUAUGAUGCCCUCCACAGGACUGAUGGGGCCAGAAAUAAAUGCAGAUAUAGGUGGCAGAUUAAAAGCACCAAAUGCCAGUGUCUCAACUCCACAGGUAAAGACACCAAGUGCUUCCAUUGAUAUUGAGAAACCAGCCGUAAAGGCACGCAAAUACAGUGCCCCAAAAUUCACAAUGCCACAUUUUAAUCUGCCUCAUCUUGAAACACCAAAACCAAAAAUGGAUAUAUCUGGAGAUGCAGCUUUCCCUUCUGUUAAUAAAAGUGUAGAGGCACCAAACCUCAAUCUGUCAGCCCCCAAGGUGGAUCUUAAAAAUCCAGAUUUUGAUCUGAAUGUACCAAAGGUGGAUCUGAAUGGCCCUGAUGUAAAUGCUGAUGUUGACAUGCCCUCAGGCAAAAUCAAUUUGCCUCAUUUAAAAUGGAAAGGCCCCAAAGUUAAAGGACCAGAUGCUGACCUCAAUGCUGACCUUUCGGCACCUGAUCUUAAGAUGUCUACACCAAAGAUUGAUGGUGACCUGAGUGCACCCAGUGUUGGCAUUGACUUGCCAAAAGCUGAUCUUGAAGGCACUGAUCUUGACAUUGAUGCUCCAUCAGGUAAAAUCAACUGGCCUCAUUUAAAAUGGAAAGGCCCUAAAGUUAAAGGACCAGAUGCUGAUCUCAAUGCGGACCUCAAUGCUGACCUUUCAGCACCUGAUCUUAAGGUCUCUACACCAAAGAUUGAUGGUAAUUUGAGUGCACCCAAUGUUAAUGCCAACUUGCCAAAUGUUGACCUUAAAGGCCCUGAUGUAGAUGUUCAGACUCCUGAUCUUGACAUUGAUGCCCCAUCAGAUUGA